AUGUCUAGCAGUGGCAGUAGUCAUGGGAAGGAAUUGGCAGAAGGAUCAUCAACAAAUAUUGCAAUAGAUUAUCAUCAUCAGCAGCAGAAUCCAGUGACACCUAGCCGCUAUGAGUCACAAAAGAGAAGGGAUUGGAACACUUUUGGACAAUACUUGAAGAACCAAAGACCCCCAGUUCCACUCUCUCAGUGCAAUUGCAACCACGUGCUUGAUUUCCUUCGCUACCUUGACCAGUUUGGGAAAACCAAGGUUCACAUACAAGGUUGCAUGUUCUAUGGGCAACCAGAACCCCCAGCACCCUGCACUUGCCCUCUUAGACAAGCUUGGGGAAGCCUUGAUGCUCUCAUUGGAAGGCUUAGAGCUGCAUAUGAGGAAAAUGGUGGGCCCCAAGAGACUAACCCUUUUGCAAGUGGCUCCAUUCGUGUGUACCUUAGGGAAGUCAGAGAGUGCCAAGCCAAGGCUAGAGGUAUACCUUACAAGAAGAAAAAGAAGAGCACAAAGGGUCAUGAAGAAUCAAGCUCCACCAUCCAUUUCUCUUGA